UAUUUAAUGUGUAGUGUAAAUUAAUGCGGUAGGGGUUUUCUUAAAAAUUUUAUAAUUUUUUUUAAAACAUAAAAUUAAAAUGUCGCUAUUAAGGUCAUCAAAUAAAAUUUUCCAAUUAAGUAAAUCAUUUACUCACGUCAAUACUUUAAUUCCUCACCGCACGUUUAAGAGAUGGGUUGCUCCUACUUUGCGUGAACUGAAUCGCCGGGCUAAGAAGUUGGGACCCCAAGAACCCUCUCCUCGAUCGCAAUUUGUUGAAUGGAAUUACAGAGCAGAACUAUUUGCCUUUGGCAAACGCUUGCAAGAAGAGUUCGAUAUGUCUUUGUUGAACACAGCUUUUACACAACAGUCUUACAUAGCCAAAGAAGAGGCAAAACAACGUGAAUUGGGCAUAGAGGAAGCGGAUAUACAAAUGCCCCAUAAUUUGGACUUGUCUAAAAGGGGAGCAGAUAUUGCCAAUGAAUAUGUAGAAGCUUUCCUAAAGUAUUCCCUACCUAAAGUACCCCUUGAGGGACAAAAAUCUAUUGCUUCCUUUCUGUUAAACACUGAAAUGCUGUCCAAUGUGGCAUUUAAUUUAGGCAUGAAGGAUUUAUUGCUGGACGCAGAAUAUCCUCCAUCUAAUGAGUCAAUGGCCCAGUCCCUAUUGGCGGUAAUUGGGGCACUUGAACAGAGCACCGGUGUGGAAAGAGCUUUUCUAUUUGUUCGCGACUUCAUAUGCACACAACUCAAUCAAAAAGAUAUAUUAGAUUUGUGGGCCAUAGAAAAUCCUAAUGAAUUGUUGAAGAAAGUUUGUAAAGAAAACAAGUUGGCUGCACCUGAGCCACGUCUUUUGGGAGACUGUGGCAAGAACACUGUUCUGGCCGCCUACCAUGUUGGUCUUUAUAGUGAUAAGAAAUUAAUAGGAAAAGGAUUUGGUGAAGACAUAGAUACAGCAGUUAAGACCGCUUCAUUGGAUGCUUUGCAAACGUUAUUUGGCAUACACGAUCACAUGAAACCUUUUAAUUACAAACUACAAGUUGAAAGUCAAACACAAAAAAUAAAUCAAUAAUAAAUAAAUCUGUUGUAUAAGUUGUUGUUAACAAUAUAAUAAACUCUUUAAUUUUAGUUAA